AUGAACAACCAUUAUGAGGAACAACUUCAAUGUUAUGUAUGUCAAGAACAAUUUUUAUCACGCAAUGAUCUACAACAGCAUUUACGCCAGAAAUGUUAUCCAUCAGAAAUACGAACACAGAUUGAACAAUUAACUCGACAUAUUGAAGAUGCAGAACAACGAGAACAAUUACAACAGGUAUUAUGGAAACACGGAAAACUAUUUGAUCUACGUCAACCGUCCAUCAUUAAAGCUACCAUCCAUCAUGGCAUAGAAACUGGUACUCAUCCACCAAUUUAUACUUCCCCAUAUCGUGUUUCAUACAAAGACGAACAGAUACAACGAGAAGAAAUCGACAAAUUACUCAAACAAGGUGUGAUUGAAGAAUCUACAUCGCUGUGGUCAUCCCCAAUAGUACUGGUUCGUAAAAAAGAUGGAUCUGUUAGAUUUUGUAUUGAUUUUAGGAAAUUAAACAACAUUACUACGAAAGAUGCAUUUCCUAUGCCUCGAAUUGAUGAUAUUUUUGAUCAUUUAUCACAAGCAGAAUAUUAUACAACCAUUGAUUUCAAAUCAGGUUAUUUUCAAGUUGGACUUGAUCCAAGGGGGAAAUAG